AUGGACUUCCUUUCUCGGAGGCUCUCGCGCCUCAACGUCGACAUCAACAUCAACGGCCAGGUCCAGGGAUCUGUUCCUUCGUAUACUACGUUUGACAAAAUUGAAGGAGAGGUUGUCAUUCGCGCGGAGAAAGACGUCCAGUUCGACCAUGUCGUAAUCUGUUUUGAAGGCAUGACAAAAACCACUCUCAUGAGACAGUCUCCAAUGGCCCAUGUUUCAAAUAAUAUAAACGCUUCCCAAUGUUUCCUCAGGCUGCGCCAGCCUAUCGAACAGUCUGCUUACCCCGAGCCACGAGAAUUCAAGUCUCAACAGCUGUACAAAUUCCCUUUCACGUUCGUUGUCCCCGACCGCUUGCUGCCCCAAUCCUGCAGCCAUUUCACCAACAACCCGCACGUCAAGGCGGCUCAUAUGCAGCUGCCACCGAGUUUUGGAGAUGCAAUGGUCUGUGACAGUGGAAAGGCUCUACUCGACGAUAUGGCUCCUAUCAUGAGCGAAAUUGGCUAUAAGAUCAAAGCCUCGGUCGUGCAGCGAAACACAACGACUGCAACAACCGCCGGCGACAAACCUCUCUACCUAUUGUCCUCAAUUGGCAAGAAGGUGCGCAUCAUUCCGGCGACUAUCGAGCAGCCACCACUGGAGAUCGAAUGCAAUUGCAACGCUGACUAUCGCACCCGUCGAGAAAAGCACGUUCGCAAGACGCUGCUUGGAGGCAAAACCGGCCGUCUGGUGGUCACCGCAGCCCAGCCGAGACCUCUACAACUUCCGGCACGAGGUACAGCGAACGACGCAGGGGAGGUUAGCAGUAGUUAUGUCAAACUACACGUGCGAUUUGAUCCAGAAAAUGACGACGAGCAGCCACCGCGGCUCAAGUCGCUACUCACCAGGCUGAAAGUCGUAACAUACGCUUCCGUGAAGCCCUGGACGAGUUUCCCUUCCAAAAACAUCACUACGGUAUACGACAAAAUGAACCAGAGCCAUUGCACCGUCUACACCGAGACGCUUGGGCUCUCGUCGCUAUGCGUAGCAUCCGCCCCCUGGAAGAAGUAUGAUGGGACAGGACCCAACGAUUCAGCGCGAAACUCGCUUGAAACGAAUGGAUCGGACGACAGUUCUAUAUACCAGCUAGCUUCGCCCUCAUACUCGGGAAAAUCAUUCUACACUGCCUCCAUCCUCAUCCCCGUCUCGCUUCCCACAAACAAAGCAUUCGUGCCCACGUUCCAUACCUGCUUAGUGUCUCGCAUAUACUCACUGGACUUGUCAUUGACAUACCAAUCCAAACCUCUCACUCCCAGAAUUUCACUUAAUAUUCCCAUCCAAAUCACCUCCGCGCCUGGCAAUGGCAUUUCUCCUGACGAAGAUAUUUCAACCCCGAUGAUGCUUCCAGAAACACAGAUUGAGGACGAAUACUACCGGCCACGAAACAUUACGCCGCCGAGCGAGAAUGAUUAUCUAGAUCGAUAUCAGCUUCUGACUGACUCCAGUGCUGAUGUCUACUCCUCGUCCUCGUCAUCCUCCUCCUCCUUCUCGCCGUCCAACUCAGUGCUACUACUGGAUAGCGAGAAUGCCCCUCCAGAGUACUCGGCAGUGCCGCCGUCGAGAGUGAGGACGUCCGAUCCUCUGUCGCCUGCGUGGGCGAUACGAGCGCUUUAUUAA